GGCAUCCGAGGUGAGGCGUGCGAGGCGGCUGUGCCCCCCUACCGCGGACAGACGGACACACGCACAGGACACACACACACGCGGACACACAGACACACGUACACCCCGCCCUGCCCUGCGCUGCGAGCGGGUGCGAGCCCGGAGGCGAUCCUGGAGAACAACCUUUCCCUGUCGCUGCUGCCGGCUCCCGCAGGGCUGGACCCGGGGAGCUGCGUCGCGGAGCAAACGUCCCCCAAAGGGCUGAGCUCGCCAGCCUGGUGCCUGCAGCCGGAGCCGGCCUCCGGCUUGGCGGGCAGGGGCCAGGUGUCCUGGAACAAGUGCGGCCCGGGGGGAGACUGGCUGCCCGGCGGCAGGCAGAAGGUCUGCGAGCAGAUGGGCUCCGAUGUCCGCGACCUCAACGCGCUGCUGCCCUCCGUGCCCUCCCUGCCGGGCAACGGCAACUGCGCCAUGCCGGUGAGCAGCGCGGCGCAGUGGGCUCCCGUCCUGGACUUCCCCCCGGGGGCCUCCUACGGCUCGCUGGGGCCGCACUCCUUCAUCAAGCAGGAGCCGAGCUGGAACGGGUCGGACCCGCACGAGGAGCAAUACCUGAGCGCCUUCACCGUCCACUUCUCCGGCCAGUUCACGGGCACGGCCGGUGCUUGCCGCUACGGGCCCUUCGGCGCCCCGCCGCCCAGCCAGCCGCCCUCCGGCCAGGCCAGGAUGUUCCCCAACGGGCCCUACCUGCCCAACUGCCUGGAGGGCCAGCAAGCGAUCCGCAACCAGGGUUACAGCACCGUGGCGUUUGACGGGACCCCGAGCUACGGCCACACGCCGUCUCACCACGCCGCGCAGUUUACGAACCACUCCUUCAAACACGAGGAUCCCAUCAGCCAGCAGCCCUCGCUCGGGGACCAGCAGUACUCGGUGCCUCCCCCGGUGUACGGCUGUCACACCCCCACCGACAGCUGCACGGGCAGCCAGGCCCUGCUCCUCCGGACCCCCUACAACAGUGACAAUUUAUACCAAAUGACCUCACAGCUUGAAUGCAUGACAUGGAAUCAAAUGAACUUGGGAUCCACAUUGAAGGGCCAUACAGCAGGAUAUGAAAACGAGAACCACAGCGCUCCCAUGUUAUACAGCUGUGGGGCCCAGUACAGAAUACACACCCAUGGAGUUUUUAGAGGCAUACAAGAUGUCCGACGGGUGCCAGGAGUAGCUCCAACUAUUGUCCGAUCAGCAAGCGAGACAAAUGAAAAACGUCCCUUCAUGUGUGCCUACCCUGGCUGUAACAAGCGCUACUUUAAGUUGUCCCAUUUACAGAUGCACAGCAGAAAGCACACUGGUGAAAAACCUUAUCAGUGUGAUUUCAAGGACUGUGAACGAAGAUUUUCUCGUUCAGACCAACUCAAGCGGCACCAAAGACGACACACAGGUGUGAAGCCUUUCCAGUGUAAAACCUGUCAGAGAAAGUUCUCCAGAUCUGAUCAUCUGAAGACUCAUACCAGGACUCAUACAGGUAAAACAAGUGAAAAGCCUUUCAGUUGCCGGUGGCCCAGCUGUCAAAAAAAAUUUGCCAGGUCUGAUGAAUUAGUUCGUCAUCACAACAUGCAUCAGAGGAACAUGACUAAACUGCAGUUGGCCCUUUAGACAGUUCAAACAAGUGAAUAAACCAGAUGGGACAUUAUGAGCUACUGCAAACUUUAUCAGCCAUCUUCGAUCACCUCUGUCAGAAAGCUGCAGCUGUCUUCGCAUCCCAUUUGACACAAGUUAACUAAACUGUAGGAUUCUGCUCAGCCUUGUCUUCCAUUUGGACUUAUACAAGUUCCUAUCCAAUAAGAUCAAGAGAUUUUUUUAUCUGUAAUUUUGUUAAAAAGUAAUCAAGAUUGCCGCAUUUCAAGAUUGCUCUAAACUAUGCUUACCUUUCACAUCUGUCUCCAGUUUUCUGGUUUUAUUUUCACUUGAACUUUUCUAUGUACAAAUUGUUGUACCUUUUUAAGUCCUGCAGUGAGUAGGGUGAUUCCUCCCUGUUGAAGGUAAGAUUUACACUUAAUUCAUCUGUGCAUAUGCUGAGGUUUCCAAGUGCUAGUACAGCUAUCCUUACAAGAUGAGAUGGAACAAUCACCUGAGAUACUUUUGGUAAACUUUGUACUCGUACUGCCAAAGGGCAAGCUUUUAAAGUUGGAAUCUCUGCUUUUGAAUUUCACAAAUCAAACCUAUUUUUAAAGGACGUAUUUCUAGAGCAGCUAAAGCUAGAUGAACCAGAGCCUCUCUGUACAGACAACAAGAAUCUUACCAUUAAGUUAACUUGUUUUAUAAAUAAUCACAUAAUUGAUCCCCCCAAACUUUUGUUUGUCAAUUAACCUCUCCCAUUCUCUCUCUCUUUUUAAUGUAUUGGUUUAAAUUUAUUCUAUCAUGAGAUGCAUAGAUCUACUUUACACAAAAGUAAUUCCAAUCAUUGUAGACAUUUGGGAUUUGUUUACAAUGUAAAGCCACACUGGUUAUGUGGCUAGCAAGCUGUAUAAACUUAAAACUGAACUUUUAAUGGGGCUGGUCCAGGAUCUCCAUUAACAGAUUACUCUUAAGAUAAGUAACUUAAAAAGACUCUUUGUCAAGUAUAUGUGAAAAAGACAUUAUUAGUGUAAGGAAAUAUAUUGUUUCAGGGUUUUGGGAGGAGGGGUUUAUUAUUUACUUUUAAUUGCUUGAAAUUGUGUGUAUAUAUAUCUGAUAAUGUAUUGCUCUUAGACAUCUAAAAUUAGAAAGUGUAUAAAUAUUAGAUGCAUCACUGUUCUGAUGUUGUUGCUGUUACAAACUAUUGAUAACACUAAGAAUGUAACCUGCAUUUUUCACUGAGCUUUCAAUUAAAGCCCAUUCAAAGCGAAA